AUGGCGGCCGGCACAAGCGAACGCAGACCCUAUGCACCAAGCAUCCCCAACACAGCUUGCAGCGCCUGGAUGCUCACUGCAGCCAGCACAGGGCCAAACAACGAACUAAACAGCAAGCAGCCCAGCCGCCAAGAUAUGCAGAGGCCCGCACGGGUGAACGGUGCCGAAAGCGCAGGGAGACCGCGACAACAGCUUACCAUGAUCUGCUGGAAGGCACACGCGACUACCCCACAAAGGAAAUUGGCUGACGACAUCGCGGCAUGGCAGGGCUUGAGGCCACCGCUGGAACUGUGA